UUCCAGUUCGAGCAGCAGGGCGAUGCCGUGCUGCAGAAGAUGAACCUCCUGCGGCAGCAGAACCUCUUCUGCGACGUCUCCAUCUACAUCAACGACACGGAGUUCCAGGGGCACAAGGUGAUCUUCGCCGCCUGCUCCACCUUCAUGCGGGAUCAGUUCCUGCUCAAUCAGUCCAAGCAGGUGCGGAUCACCAUCCUGCAGAGCGCAGAGGUGGGCAGGAAGCUGCUGCUGUCCUGCUACACGGGAGCGCUGGAAGUCAAGAAGAAGGAGCUGCUGAAGUACCUCACGGCCGCGAGUUACCUGCAGAUGGUUCACAUCGUGGAAAAGUGCACUGAGGCUCUCUCCAAGUACCUGGAGAUCGAUGCUUCCAUGGAGGGCAGCGCUCAGGCUGCAGAGGGCUGCCACUCCUCGGACGCUGAACUGAGGAACGGGGAUGAGCUGUUAGAUAAAGACUGUGAAAUCAUUGAGAUCUCUGAAGACAGCCCAGAGAACGAGGAGUACCCUGUGAAGCAGGAGGAUGGGGACAGCCCACGGCCUGUGGCACAGAGUUUGGUGUCGGAUAGGAAGGACUCAAAAACCCCAGAAAUAUCAACGGUGGAAAUUGGGUACAAAGAUGAUGAAAUCUGUAUCUUUAGAAUGGAUUCCAUGAGUGUAGCCAAUGUGGAAAAUGAUCAUUUUCCUCAGCCUUGCACUUCCUCUAAAACAAAUUUAUACUUCCCAGAGACCCAGCACUCCUUGAUAAAUUCCACAGUGGAAAGCAGGAACACAGAAAUGUCAGGAAAUCACUUCCAGGCUUUUGUGGGAGACAAUCCAGAAGGAACUUCCAGUGCUGCGAAUGGGUUCCAGAACUUGGAGGAUUCCGGCACCUCCUGGCGGCACCAGUGCCCAAAGUGCCCGAGGGGGUUCCUGCACCUCGAGAACUAUCUCAGGCACCUGAAAAUGCACAAACUCUUCCUGUGUUUGCAGUGUGGCAAAACGUUCACUCAGAAAAAGAAUCUCAACAGGCAUAUCCGAGGGCACAUGGGCAUCCGUCCCUUCCAGUGCAUGGUGUGCCUGAAGACCUUCACUGCCAAGAGCACCCUCCAGGACCACCUCAACAUCCACAGUGGGGACAGGCCCUACAAGUGCCACUGCUGCGACAUGGACUUCAAACACAAGUCUGCUCUCAAAAAGCAUUUGACUUCUGUCCAUGGAAGGAGCAGCAGCGACAAACCAAACCUGAACACUAUCACAAAGGUUAAAAUUGACUAUGAUUGA